CUCAGCUAUCGUCAUCUCAGUUGUCCAGUCGCAUUCGUGGUGCGCGUUUCGUUGCAGUUUAAUUUUGAUAUUGUGAAAGGAGAGAAAUGAAAGUGUUUUGGCUUUGUUUCUUCUUCGCUUUAGCGAGUCAUGACGCUAUAAUUGCCUUAUCGACGAAUUGUCAGCUACGGGAAACAAAACACGGCAGCGUUUGUGUUUGCAACAGUAGCCAUUGCGAUUACUUGGAGCAGCCUUUAUUGAAAGAUAACUCUCAGAUUGUGGUGAUUAGCUCUAGCAAGAACGGAUUGCGAUUCAAGAGAACCGAUGGCAGUUUUCUGGAGAAAACCAUGUUGGAAGUGCAGGAUCGUCAGUCGAUUGAUGAAAACUUCAUAGCUGAUUCCAUUGUGGUCGAACAAAACCGAGCCUGGCUGCAGUUUGCAAAUAUUCCACAAAAGUUCGUUUUGAAUGCCAACAUAAAGACCGUGGAGCUAACAGUUAAUCGUGAUAAGCGCUAUCAGGAUAUAACAAACUUUGGAGGUGCGCUUACGGGCAGCGUUUCACAUAUUCUGCAACAAUUACCAGCUGAAUUACAGAAUCAUAUCUAUAAAUCCUAUUUUCACUCCGAGGGCAUUGCCUACAAUUCGAUACGCAUGUCGAUUGGCGGCUCUGACUUUGACCUCCAACCUUGGGCCUACAAUGAGGAGCCGCGCAACGACCCGUUAUUGAGCAACUUUACAACACUGGAUGCACGGGAUCUACAGAAAAUUAAACAAUUGCAAAGGUUAAAGAGCGUGUGCGAACUGAAUGAACUGAAAAUCAUGGCCGCUGCUUGGAGUGCUCCCACUUGGAUGAAGAGCAACGAUCGCUGGACGGGAUUUGGCCAACUAAAGCCAGAAUACUACCAAUCUUGGGCAAAAUAUCACUUGAGAUUCCUCGAGCUAAUGCAGUCUAAAAAUAUGCCAGUCUGGGCCAUAUCCACUGGCAAUGAGCCGUUAAACGGCGUCAUCGGUUUCUUUUUCGUGCACUUUAUGAGCAUGGGCUGGACGCCCUGGCAGCAGGCCAUUUGGCUAAACGAUUAUCUUGGGCCAACUAUCAGGAACUCCACACAAAGUCAAGUGCUCAUCUUUGGCAACGAUGACCAGAGAUAUACGUAUCCCUCCUGGUUUCGUAAGAUGCGAUCGUCUCGACCCAAUGCUUUGAAUUAUCUCGAUGGCCUGGCUGUGCAUUGGUAUUGGGAUGAAAUCUUUGGGCCGCAUCUUAUCGAUGAGGCUCAUGCGGAAAUGCCAAAUAAAAUGAUUUUAAACACAGAGUCUUGCAUCGGUGAUAAACCAUGGCAGACCCAUGGCCCUGAGCUGGGCAGCUGGGGACGUGGCGAGAGUUAUAUGCGUGCCUAUAUGCAGGAUCUACAGCAUAAUGUCAAUGGCUGGCUGGACUGGAAUCUGGUGCUCGACGAGCAGGGCGGACCCAACUAUGUGCACAAUUACGUGGAUUCACCGGUGAUUGUGAACACGACAAGUCGCUCCGAGUUCUACAAACAACCCAUAUAUUAUGCCAUCGGGCAUUUUAGCAAGUUUUUGCCGGAGAAAUCAGUGCGCAUUGAAACAAGAACCAAUGAAACAGAUUCAUUGGCACAGCUAAGUGUUGUAGGAUUUCAGAGACCAGAUGACAGUGUGGCAUUGAUCCUGUACAAUGGCGAGAACUUGCCUUUAGAUUUGGCUCUAAGUGACAGUCAACGUGGUGGAUUCAAACUCCGAUUGCCAGCGCGAUCCUGGCACUCUGUUAUCUACAAAUAAACUGGAUAAGAUGCCCGGCUUAAACUUAGCUUAGAACUAUAUUAUCUAAAAAUAAGCAAGGGUCCAGCUGCUGCCCUAAGGACUAAUAAGGAUAGAAAGAAAAUGUUUGCCACUUUGCCACAGAUAAAUAAAACGGAAGCCAAAUAAAUGGUCCCCAUCCCCGUACAGGAUGCGGAUAUCUCAUAGAAUAGUCCAGACUCUGGAGAUUUGAUCAUGCGCAACGACUAUAUGAGACAACGGAAAUUUGUUUAAGCUGCUCAAUUUGCCGUAACACGUCUGUUUACAAUGAAAUUUCAUUUGGCGUUUAGUGUCUACCCCGACUCUCCAUCUACACUCAUCUUUGGGAAAGGGAAUGGAAAGGGAAUUGGUACAGUAGUGGGCACGGCAAGUAUAAACGGAAUUUUGGAUCAAGUUGAGUGACAACUGGCAGUCGAGCGGCGAUAGCAACCAAACCGAAAACAUUUUUCGUUCAAAUAAUAUUCUUAGUUUUUCUCAAGUUUUCGUCAUUGUAUACCCGGUACCCGUAGAGUACAAGUGUAUAUUGUGUUGACUGCAUUUUAUGAACAAGAAGAAGAUGAUGGGACAGAAACACAA